ACUUCCUUUCUGCAUAAAUACUGGCCACACAAACAGAUGAGGAACACAACACAGUCCACUACAGAGAGAGAAACUAGUGUUAGUUUACUGAAUCUGGAAAUGAAAAUAUAGAAAAGGGUAAAACUGAAAAUAUGCAGAGAAGAAGAAACAACAUGGAUGAUGUCUAAGAAUAUGUGAACGUCGUACGAGGUAAAGUCAGAACAGAUAUCACAGAUUCAACGCCACAAGAAUCCAGUCAUAUAGCACGGAUAAAGAUUCAAUAAUGGACUCAGAAGACCGAACAGAAAGGAUUGUUGAUAUCUACGUCAGUGCAGAGGCUGUAAGAGACAUGAAACAUAAGAAAGAGACAGAAGACUUCAACACAGAAGAACCCCGAACACCUCGACACACAGAAGACUUCAACACAGAAGAUCCCCAAACACCUCGACACACAGGAAGUGAUGGUGUGACGAUCUCCAGAGCCGCUGGUGUGUGUUUGGGACUGAUGUGUGUUCUUCUGAUGACUGCAGUCAUAGUGUUGUGUUUCAUCUUCAUUCAAGAGAGACAACAGCUGCAGACUAAGAUCACCAACCUCACAGAAGAGAGAAUUGAUCUUCAGAAGAAGUUUGCGGAUGGAUGGAAGUGUCAUCAAUCCAGUCUUUACUUAAUUUCCUCUGAGAAGAAGAACUGGAAUGAGAGCAGAAGAUACUGUAGAGAGAGAGGAACAGAUCUGAUCAUCAUCAACAACAGAGAGGAACAAGAUUUUGUGGGGAAUAUUUCUGUUGGUUCUGGUCAUUUCUGGAUUGGUUUGACUGAUGUUGAAGAGGAGGACAGAUGGAAAUGGGUUGAUGGCAGCAACAUCAACAUCAACAUCACCUCUGGGUUCUGGGCGUCUGGAGAGCCAAACAAUCAGAAAAGCAAUCAGGGAACAGAUGAAGACUGUGCUAACACUCAUUCAUCAGGAUGGUUUGAUACUAAAUGUAAUGAUACGGCUAAAUGGAUCUGUGAGAAGAGUAUCCUUAAAUGA